AUGAAGGCAUUCGCUGUUUUGGCCGUGCUGGGUGCGUCGCUCGGUCUAGCCCUUCCUCUGCACGACACUAGCUCCGCACCGGGAGCACAAACAGCUCUCACCGAUCCACGUGCCAGCUUCCAGUCCCUGCAGCAAGCGCUGCUCACGCUGCUAAGCACAGACUCGAGAUCAAAAUCAAGCUCGCAACUAGCGUCAACAUUGGUUUCUGAAGCAGAGCAGGACCAGCAAGGACGGUCCCCAUUCCAGCAAUACCAAUCCCAAUCUGCCGAUCGGAAUCGCAAUCGGAAUCGCCACGAAGAGCUGGGCUUUAUCCGCUCUCUCGAAAAGGAACUCAAGAUCGAUAUCCAGCCCACGCCGUCACUGUCGGAUCCAUUCUCCGCGGCAGAGCACCACAGAAGUACAUCUUCGUACGGCAUUUUUCUGGGCAGAUGGCUCCCAUUCAAGAGUCAGAACCAAAAUCAAAACCAGAACCAGAAUCAGCGUGCUCACCCGCUCCAAUGCAAUCCCACAGAACGACCGAAAGCGGCGCGCACGGUCACCUACUUCAAACCCCUCGACGUGCUGGAUAUCAUGGAGGACUACGGGCCCGUCUGUAUUGCGCUGGCCAUUUUCGUGCUCGUUCCCAUCGCUUACUUUGUUCUGGAGCUGCUGGAGCUUACGGCGAGGUACUUUAUUCGGGAACGGUUCCCGGAGCGCGGUAGACAUCGCUGUCAGUUGGUGGGUCCUGAGCGGCAGCUGAGGGCUGUGGAUGCCCUGCAGCGGGAGAAGAUGGUGGAGAGUGAGAAGCGGUGGUGGUUGGCGAGGCGGACGAGAUCUCGAGUGCUGUGA